GACAGGGAACACAUCCUCAAAACACUUCGCAUUAUUAGAGGAUUUUCAAAGAGGAUUGAGGAGGAAAAACACGUCCGAGAGGCCAAGAUGACGAAUACUGAGAGCUACUUAGGUAGUAGUGACAACGAGAUAAGCGGAAUAGUUAAUAGAGACUGGUAAUGAAGCACUCGAACACACUUCCAUUUUGUUAACAGCGUGUUGAUUUUAUUGUGGUCACAAUUAUAAACUGACAUUCCUUCCUGCCAUUAAUUGAAGAAGAGGACUAUAAGAUGGUUCCGACUGUUAUAAUCUCGCUGACUUUUUUCUCCAUCCUCGCCUUCUUCGGCAUCCCGCUGAACGCCGUCACCAUUCGCGUCAUACUGAAACGACGUCGCAAAACGAGCACGCAGAUCUUCAUCAUCAUCCUCGCGAUGACAGACCUCUUCGUCUGUAUCGUCACACCCAUGCUGUGGUAUAUCUUGGUACUGACAGACAUGUUUUUCACGGAUAUUUCAUGCAUGACCAUCACCUUCAUCGCCGCCUUCUCUUUACUCCAGUCCAUCUUCAUUGGCGCGACCAUAGCACUCGAUCGCUACUUCCUGAUCUGCCGACCUUACAGCCAAUUCAUGACAAAGAAACGGGUAAUUGCCAUAAUGGUGGCUUGUUUGAUAUUUUCCUUCAUUCUGGCGUUCUUAGUUGCCUACCAUUCCAAGGCGAGGUUGUAUAAAAACAACGCCUUUAAAUGCGAUCUCGCAGGAUGGUCCAUCGUAUUUGAAAGGAUGAUGAUAGCCGUGAUGGUGAUCUGUGGCAGUUGUAUGGUUGUGUUGUACUGGAAGGUGUAUCGAGCCCUUCGAGUGCAGCGAAAUCGUGUCAUGGUUCACAUGGACAACAACUUGAGGAUUCCAUCUAACCGAAGCCAAACCGGAGAAUCGUCGACGACAAGGAAAGAUUCGGUGCGAAUCGAAAUCAAAAGGGCAUCUUUGGAUAACACAGUGGCCACGGGAAUAGAAAUUCCCAGGUCUUCACAUUCCAGUCCCAAGAAUUAUGCUCAAUCUAGUGCAAAAGAAACACAACUUCACGGCGGCGUCAAAAAGCUGUUUAACGAGUCGCUCACUCCUGCCAAUGUCGUCGAUGUUCAUAACGUCAAUGCUACACAAAAAACACAACUUCACGGCGAUGUCAAAAAGCUGUUUAACGAGUCGCUCACUCUGGACAUUGACGACGAUGUUCAUAAUGUCAAUGCUGCACAAAAAACACAACUUAACGACAACGUCAAAAAACUGUUUAACGAGUCGCUCACUCCUGUCAACGACGUCGAUGUCCAUAACGUCAAUUUUACACAAGAAACACAACUUCAGGGCGACGUCACAGAGCUGUUUAACGAGACUCUCACUCCCGUCAAUGUCCAUAACGUCAAUGUUACAGAAGAAACACAAUAUCAUGACGACGUCAAAAAGCUGUUUAACGAGUCGCUCACUCCUGUCAAUGUCCAUAGCGUCAGUCAUGUCAAUGGGGCAUGCACAUCGACAGGACAACCUCCAUUUGCGCCGUCACAUUCCAAAUCUACAGUAGAUGUAUGCGUUGUAACGCGUCACCGGAGUGCCGAUAUCAACAAUGCCGAGCGGUCACCCGCCCCUGUCACAACCGCCGAUCGUCAAGCCACCAACAUCAUGCUCGUCAUCACCGGGGUAUUCUUGAUCACGUGGAUACCGUCGAUCGUAGUCAAUCUCAUCCCCGUAGACGCAUUGGUGGAGAUGGCCUCGACGAAUAACCAUCUCUAUCUCUUCGUGUUUUUUCUCCAGCACACUGUGUACAUCAGCAUGGCGGUUAAUCCUCUCGUUUACGGGUUCAUGAACACACGAUUCCGGAAAGAAUGUUUGAACGAAAUUAGAUACCUCAGGUCUUGUCUUGAUUGCUGGUCAUCUUAAAUCACAUCAGUACAUGCCAGAUAAAAAGUCUAUUUUCUGGUGCAAAUUGUUUGAUUGGGAAACGUCGUGCACUUCAUGAUCUGUCUGCGAUCUGAUUUUUGUUUGGUAUAAGCGUAUUCCUGGAGCGGGAAGGCCCUACUAGACUUUAAAAUUAUCACGAGUGAGAAAAAAAAUGGGAAAAUUGGUGGAACAUUCAAGGCAGGUUAAAAAAAUACACUGUUAAAAAUACUAGUAAUUUUACAAAGAAAAAUCGUAAAUAAACAGGAUUUUUAACUUUUAAAAACAGACGACACAAUGAUUUAACAAACCAAACGUAAUUAUGCAUCAAGUUAAAUGUAAAACAGAGUUAGAUAUAACAAUCUUUGUAAAAAUACCAACGAACUAUCGUGUGUUUAUUUUUAUUGCAGUGCAUCUAUCGUAUAAAUAGCAUUCGUAUUUGUUAAUUAACGGCGUUUUUCAUGUUAAAUGAAUUUAUAAUGAUGGGUUGGUUUAUUUUUAUGCUAAUUAUCAAUUCUUGCAUUUUUACAGCCCAUCGUAAUUUAACAGUUCAUACUUUUUGUGAGUCCCAGCUGCUAGUAAUAAUUACUAUUUUUACAGUUUUAUUUUUAAAAGUGUACAUAAAAUGGGAUAUCACAAAAACCAAAAAAACAACAUUAAUUGCAAAAAAAAGUAAUCGUACCAUAAAAUUGAAUUAGUAAGAUGGCAAUAACAUUAAAAAGGAUCGGAUUUAAGGGGAACUUACGUGAGCAAAGAUCAAGCAAGCAUGACAUCGACAAAGGAACAUUCAAUUCAUCUGAAUUCUGGUAACAAUAUCGGAAAGGGGAGGAAACAAAAUUAUUAAUUUCACUUUAUAGUCUGAAACAUAGUGUGAUACGGGCUUUUAUACCACAUGAAUUGAACAUUGAAAAAAUUGAUAUUAUAACUAAAUAUGUUGGUCCUUCGUUGAUAUACCAAAAAGCAACCUCCAUAUGUCUUAAGGGGCUUUCACAAUUGCUCUUGCGAUCGUUUGCGAUCUGUGUUUGCGAUAUUUUGAUAUGUUGAUAUAUCCUCUUUCGUGUCGAAUGUUGAUAUUUUGCAGUAGUUGUUGAUGUUUAUGAUAAAAAAACAAAGGUGAUGCAUAUCACAAGAAGUAGACAAGUUAACCCAUCUACCUAUUAUUUAAACAAUACUGCUUGAGAUUCUGAUUCUUCCAUCAGAUACCUUGGACUGAUCCUCUUUUUCGACCUCUCAAGGAAAACCCACAUUGACUCAGUUGUAUCACGUGCUAAUCGUCUAUUGAGAUUCAUAAGUUUCAGCCCUCGGUUUUUUUAACUGAUGAUUGGUUAAAUGCUAUAGACAAAGGUCAAAUUACAGGAGCACUUUUCAUUGAUUUAAAACGUGCUUUUGAUACUGUAAAUACGUCUAUUUUGUUGAAUAAAUUGAAGAAUAUUGGUUUAAGUGAUUUGUCUUUAGCAUGAUUUCAUUCGUAUUUAAAUAACAGAACACAAUAUGUUGCGAUGAAAAAUGCUAAAUCAAAUGAUCGAUGUAUUUUCCUUGGAGUUCCACAAGGAUCUAUAUUAGGUCCCUUACUUUUUUUACUUAUAUUGAUGAUAUGUUAAAAGUUUUGAAUCAUGGAAAGAUGGUAAUGAACGCUGACGAUACUACCCUAUAUAUAAGUGCUACGUCUAUUCAUGAAGUACAAGUAAAACUUCAGAAUGAUUUUGAUGCAAUCGCUAAGUGGAUCAAGUUAAAUAAGCUAUGUUUAAAUGUUGAUAAAACCAAAUAUAUGAUCAUUGGAAGUAAAAAAAAAAAGACUAAAUGUAUUGAAAGAUAUUGCAAUUUCUAUUAAGUAUGAAAGUAUUGAAAUUGAAAAGUGUAAUAGUUUAAAAUGUCUUGGUGUUAUUAUUGAUGAUAAUUUGUUAUGGUGCAAUCAUGUUGACUAUGUAUGUAGAAAAGUAUUUGCAGGACUUGCCAUGCUCAGAAGAGUGAAACCAUAUGUUGAUGAAGCUGCAAUGAAAUAAUUAUAUGUAUGUCUUAUUCAAACACAAAUGAAUUACUGUUGUGAAAUUUGGGGGGAUAGAUAUUUAGGUCAAUUUGAUAAGUUGACUAAAUUGCAAAAGAGGGCAGCAAGCUGCAAGACUUAUUUUAAACUGUAAUAUAUACACCCCUCUAAUGAAAUGUUUACUCGUUUAAAAAAUUGUAAUGCCUCGGGGGGGGGGUUGAAAGGAGAAAGUGCGCGCGCGAGAGAGAGAGAGACAGUUGGGGGGUGCCUGGGUGUUGGCGGUGGAAGGCAAUUUGUAUUUUUACAUGAAUCGCCCUGCCGUUCGACUUUGUUUAUUCCGGCCAUAGCUGCGCGUUGUUUACCUGUUUUUUGUAGGUCUUCGAUGUCAGUGAAAUAGUGACUUUCUGGAGGUUUGUAAACUAAGGUCUGUACACUGGCCAUCCUUUUCUGUCUCGGAACUUCGCUUUUGAUCAAUGCACCAUUUUGCUGUUAUUCUGCCAUAUUGAUUUUGUUUUCUAAUCAUGUAAAAAUUGUUUGUAUAUAUUGUGAUC